CUGAUGUCACCUUGGAUCCCGACACCGCCCACCCUCGUUUGAGCCUCUCCUUGGAUCGCCGGAGCGUAAAACUGGGCGAACGACGUCAGGAUUUACCGGACAACCCCAAACGUUUCGACGCCGAUUAUUGCGUGUUGGGUUGUCAAGGUUUCACCACCGGUCGGCAUUAUUGGGAGGUGGAAGUCGGAGGGAGAAGAGGUUGGGCUGUAGGUGCAGCAAGAGAAACAGCUCGACGUAAAGAGAAGACAUUGGGUCCUCAUCCCAAGAGAGAGAUUUGGUGCGUAGGUACCAACGGGAAGAAAUAUCAAGCGGUGACGGCGACGGAACAAACGGUUUUGACACCCAACGAACGACCGCGGAGGUUCGGGGUUUAUUUAGACUACGAAAGGGGUCAACUGGGUUUUUAUAACGCCGAGAGCAUGAGCCACAUUCACACCUUCAACGCUUCCUUCCACGAGCGCAUCUUCCCUUUCUUUCGGAUCUUGGCUAAAGGAACCCGUAUCAAAAUCUGCGCUUGA